AUGCCAUCCUCCGCCAUGGAAAAGUUUCUGCGCGAAUGGCGGCAGGAUGCCCUUAACAAGGCGCAGCACGACUCGGCCAUCUUCAUCGGCGACAAACUGCUCGCCAUGACCAAUGACGACGAAGACGCUUUCUGGCUUGCCCAAGUCCACUUUGCUACCGGCAACUAUACUCGCGCGCACGCCUUCCUCGUCAAGCAAGACCUCAUCAACAGGAACCCGUCAUGCCGAUACCUCGCCGGACACUGCCUCAUCAAGCAGUCGCGGUUCGAAGAAGCCCUGGCGGUCCUCGGCGAGCGAAACCCGACGCACCUCAUCGCCAACGGCCACAGCAACAAGCGCAAGUCGCAGCAGCGGAGCACGCGCCGGCGGGACGAGGCCGCCGCGCAGGCCGACGAGGUCGAGGAGGCCAAGACGCGGCGCUUCGAGGCGGCCAUGUGCUUCCUGCGCGGCAUCUGCUACGCCAAGCAAAACGCCUUUGACCGGGCCAAGGAGUGCUACAAGGACGCGGUGCGCAUCGACGUGCAGUGCUUCGAGGCCUUCCAGCAGCUCAUGAAGAACUCGCUGCUCUCGCCCGACGAGGAGUGGCAGUUCAUCGACAGCCUCAACUUUGACGCCAUACAGACGGAGCCUGACGUCUCGGCCUCGCAGGAGGCAGCCGAGUUCACAAAGAUGCUGUACACGACGAGGCUGUCCAAGUACAGGAACCCGACCAUCUUCCAGACGGCGUACGACUCGCUCUCGACGCACUACAAGUUGGGGGAGAACCCGGACCUGCAGCUGGCCCGCGCGGACCAGCUGUACACGCAAUGUCGCUACGGGGAGGCGCUCGAGGUGACCAAGGCCGUGAUUGACGGCGACAAGUACAACUUCAACAUAUACCCCGUGCACCUGGCGUGUCUCUACGAGCUGAAGAAGAAGAAUGAGCUGUUUCUGGUGGCGCACGACCUGGCAGACACGCACCCGGAGGAGCCGUGCACGUGGCUGGCCGUGGGAAUCUACUAUUUCGCGAUUGAUAAGGUUGCGGAAGCAAGACGAUACUUCAGCAAGGCGAGCAUGAUGGACGCGCAUUUUGGGCCGGCAUGGAUCGGCUUUGCACACACCUUUGCCGCCGAAGGCGAACAUGACCAAGCCAUCUCUGCCUACUCGACAGCCGCACGACUGUUUAUGGGGACACACCUACCACAAGUGUUUCUAGGCAUGCAAAACCAUGCACUGAACAAUAUGUCUCUGGCGGAAGAGUUUUUGAAGACGGCCUAUGGACUAUGCAAAAACGACCCUUUGCUGCUCAACGAGUUGGGCAUCGUCAGGUACCAUCAAGAUCGGCCUAAAGAGGCUGCGCAGUUCUUCCAAGCAGCUCUCGAAAUAGCCAGUGACAACGGAAGCGAGCCGGCAGCCUGGGUAGCAGCCAGAACAAACCUGGCACACUCGUAUCGACGCCUGCGUCUCUUCAAAGAGGCCUUGGAGCAGUUUGACGAGGUCCUGCGGAUGGGCGGCAAAGACGCGGCCGUCUUCAGCGCCAAGGGCUUGAUCCUGCUCGAGCUGGACCGACCCGAAGACGCGGCCGUGGUGCUUCACGAGGCGCUGGCCAUCAACCCGCAGGACAGCAUCGCGACGGAGCUCCUCAACAAGGCGCUGGACGAGUCCACGCUGGAGGACGCCGAAGAGGACGAGUCGGAGGGCAUGCUGUACUUUGAGCAGCAGCUGCAGCAGCGAAAGGCGGAGGCGUCGGAGAAGAUCAAUGGCCGGCGGACCGGGCGCAACAUGAUGGACAAGGGCAAGGGGCGGGCUUUUGGCAACAGGCGUAGGACGACGCUGUUGGAGGACGACGACGGGGAGGCGGGGACGAGCUUGAUGGAUAUGACGGAUGAUGAAUAG